AACACAAACAUCCCACUAAAAAACCCUACAAAAAUCAUAUUUUUACUAAAAUAACAAUAAUUUCAACCCCAACAAUAACCCAUCUCCAUCUUCAUCAUCCUCAGAUCCACUAGAAAAAAACAAUGUCAGCAUCUUCAUCACCAUCAUCGUCACAAAUACUCUUCAUAUCGUCGCUAAUUAUCCUCUGGUACUCAUCAAACAUCGGCGUUCUUCUUCUCAACAAGUUAUUACUCUCCAAUUAUGGGUUUAAGUUCCCAAUUUUCCUCACAAUGUGCCACAUGUCAGCCUGUGCGAUCCUCAGUUAUGUCUCUAUAGUUUUUCUCAAAGUUGUGCCCUUUCAGAAGAUCAAAUCUAGGUCGCAGUUUUUAAGGAUUGCUACUCUUAGCAUUGUGUUUUGUGGGUCGGUUGUCGGUGGGAAUAUUUCCUUGAGAUAUUUGCCGGUUUCUUUUAAUCAAGCUGUGGGUGCUACGACGCCGUUUUUUACUGCUUUGUUUGCUUAUUUGAUGACCUUGAAGAGGGAGUCUUGGGUUACUUAUUGUGCUCUUGUUCCUGUUGUUACUGGUGUUGUUAUUGCUAGUGGGGGUGAGCCGAGUUUUCAUUUAUAUGGAUUUAUUAUGUGUAUAAGCGCGACGGCUGCGAGGGCGUUCAAGUCGGUUCUUCAAGGCAUCCUGCUUUCAUCCGAGGGGGAAAAAUUGAAUUCUAUGAAUUUGUUGCUAUAUAUGUCUCCGGUUGCUAUUCUUGUUUUAUUGCCGGCUGCGCUUAUAAUGGAGCCGGACGUGAUAGAUGUUACCGUAUCUCUAGCAUUGGAGCAUAGGUUUAUGUGGGUAUUGCUUGUGAUUAACUCAACUAUGGCUUAUGCAGCCAACUUGACCAACUUUUUGGUGACUAAGAACACUAGCGCAUUGACACUCCAGGUACUCGGGAAUGCUAAAGGGGCGGUAGCAGUCGUUAUCUCAAUACUUCUUUUCAGAAACCCAGUCACGGUUGUAGGUAUAGCUGGUUACUCGAUGACGGUUAUGGGGGUGGUCGCUUAUGGAGAAGCCAAGAGGAGAUACUCAUACCAAUGAUAUUUGCAGCUAGUCACCUUUUUCAUGUGGGUCUGUGAUUAAAAAUGGCAGGAAGGCAAGCAUAUUUUUUAAUUAUUAUUAUUAUCAGAUUUGACGAGCGUUUAUGAGCAUAUAAGAGAGUUUUUACACGCAGAUUCCAGUCUAUGUAAUGAGCGUCUGACUGUUUUUCGAGAAGAAGUUUGUUUGAAUUCGAUUUGUGGUAUGUAAUUGUUAGCAGUAGAUUUGACUGUUUCAAAGUCGAUAUUAUUAUAUCACCUGUUCCUGUUCUUGGAACGAUCCUGGUAUUCAUGUGUUACGUACUACUGUAUUAAUGUAUUAUGCUUCGUACCGUAGACUGUUUGGUUCCACUUUUAAUAAAUGUAGAAUUGAUGAUAAUUUAUAUAAAA